AUGGCAGAGUCGAAACGACCUGCCUUUGGUUCGCGACAUUUAUCUGAUGAUCGAGAUGUUUUCUCGCACAACGCUUGGGAUGAUGUAGAAUGGAGCGAAGAACAAAGUGAACAAGCAAAUAGUGUAAUCGCUAAACAAUACGAAAAUCGCAUGUCAGACAAUAAAUGGGAAACAAUAAAAUCGGAUUUACCCUCUGCUUGGAAUCGAUUCUACGAUAUUCACGAGAACAAAUUCUUCAAAGAUCGCCAAUGGUUAUUUACCGAAUUUCCUGAGUUGAUCAUACCAGAAUCCAAUCAAUCUGUCACUAUACUUGAAGUUGGCUGUGGUGUUGGUAACUGCAUCUUUCCAAUCAUUCGCACGAAUAAUCUAAAUCAACAAUCGAAUGUGUUUCUAUACUGUUGCGAUUAUUCUUCGACUGCUAUUGAUAUUUUAAAGCAAAACCCAGAAUACAAUACAAAGUAUUGCCACGCCUUUGUCUACGAUGUGACAAGUUUAAGUCCGCUGCCAAUCGAAGAGAACUCAUUGGAUGUGAUCAUCAUGAUCUUUGUCUUAAGUGCGAUACAUCCAUCAAAACAUGACGAAGUGAUAAACAACCUAGUGAAAUAUCUCAAACCCGGUCGGGGAAAAUUCAUUUUUCGAGAUUAUGGUUUAUAUGAUAUGUCACAAUUACGCUUCAAGAAUGAUAAAUGCAUUGAAAAGAAUCUAUAUGCUAGAUCAGAUGGAACGUUGACAUACUUUUUUCAACAAGAUGAACUCGAUCGAUUGUUUACACGGAAUGGUCUGAUCAAGGAGCAAAACAUAAUCGAUCGACGAUUACAAGUGAAUCGGUCGAAACAGCUGAAAAUGUAUCGCAUUUGGUUGCAAUGCAAAUACGUAAAAGCGUGA